UUCAACAACAUGAAAUUCCAAAACCAGACAGCAGUUUCAGAAUUUAUUCUUGUGGGAUUGACAGAUGAUCCAGAACUGCAGCCCCUCAUCUUUGGCCUGUUCCUGGCCAUGUACUUGGUCACCAUUCUGGGAAACUUGCUCAUCAUCCUGGCUGUAAGCUCUGACUCUCACCUCCACACCCCCAUGUACUUCUUCCUCUCCAGCCUGUCUUUCACUGACAUCUAUGUGAGCACCACCACCAUCCCAAAGAUGCUGGUGAACAUACAAACACAGGACCACAGCAUCACUUACACAGGCUGCCUCAUUCAGAUCACAUUUGUGUUGACUUUAGGAGGUGUCGAAUGUUGUCUACUUGCUGUAAUGGCCUUUGACCGCUAUGUGGCCAUUUGUCAGCCCCUAAGGUAUAGGCUCAUCCUAACCCCAUACAUCUGUGUCCAGCUGGUUCUUUUCUCUCUGUUCAUUAGUGCUGUCCAUGCCCUUCUCCACACUCUGAUGGCACUGCAGCUGUCUUUCUGCACAAAUGUGGAAAUCCCCCACUUCUUCUGUGAACUUGCUCAGGUCAUCAAAAUUGCCUGUUCUGAUACCUUUAUCAAUACCCUUUUGAUAUAUUUAGCAGGAAUCACGUUUUUUGCUGUUUCUAUGGCUGGAAUCAUUUUCUCUUAUGCUAAAAUUGUCUUUUCUAUUUUGAGAAUGUCAUCAGUGGGAAGGUACAAAGCUUUUUCUACCUGUGGGUCUCACCUGUCUGUUGUUUUCUUACUCUAUGGGACAGGUUUGGGUGUGUACUUAAAUUCUGCAGUUACUGAGUCUUCCAAUAAAAAUGCAGUGGCUUCUGUGAUGUACAUUGUGAUCCCUCAAAUGAUGAACCCAUUUAUCUACAGUUUGAGAAAUGAGGAAAUGAAGACAGCUGUGAGGCUUCUCAUUACUGGCAAACCAAUCAUAUUAUUGUGUCAUUGUAUUUGA